AUGCUGCUGGAAAUCCGAGACGAAUUGCUUACCGACCACCCGAGAAGAGAGGUGGAGAAGCUGUUGGGACAAUGGUACGGGAGCAAGGGAGCGGUCGAGGCAUACGACUGGUUCAGGCCAAAAGGAGAACGACGACUAUGGCACAGAUUCGUGUGGAAGGAGUUUGUCCCGCCAAAGUACUCCUUCACUACUUGGCAAGCUCUUAAAGGACGACUUCCAACGAGGGACAGACUGGGCUACAUGAACAUCGAUCAACGCUGUCCCUUGUGCAUGGCGCACAAGGAGUCCGUGGACCACCUCUUCUUCAAAUGCAACAAGACAUGGGCAGUUUGGAAGGAGAUCAAAUCUUGGUUGGGAAUGCAAAGGAACAUCACCACAAUACCGAGCGCCAUCAAGUGGGUGAUCAAGGAAAGAAGUGCAGCGGCAAUCAUCCGCAAGGCUAGAAGGCUAGCCCUCAUCGCAGUGGUCAGCCUAAUGUGGAGAGGCAGGAAUGCCUUGAUUCUCGACGGAUCAACAUUCGAACCCAAGCACUUGGUGUUCGAAGUGAAGAAGGUAACAUAUGCAGUGUUAUACUCCCUUUAUCCGCAUGAACAAGUGACCGAGCACUUGGGAAUUUAG